AUGGCUACCAAGGCAAUCAACCUCGCCACCUUUGGCAAUGUUGGACACACGGCCGGCAUCUUCUCCGACAUGACCGUCGACGGACCUGUGAUUGGCACGCUGGUCGUCAUCAUGGACCGCGCCAGGAACUUGCCCAACAAGCGGACCAUGGGCAAGCAGGACCCUUAUGCGGCUGCCCGCUUGGGCAAGGAAGCAAAGAAGACCAAGACGGACAAGCGCGGAGGACAGACUCCAAGAUGGGACCAGGAACUUCGCUUCACCGUCCACGACUCGCCCGACUACCACCGCCUCAAGGUCUCCGUCUUCAACGACGACAAGAAGACGGAGCUGAUUGGCGAGACAUGGGUCAAUCUCGAGGCCGUCAUCACACCCGGCGGCGGCACGAGCGACGACUGGCACGGCCUCAAUUGCAAGGGCAAGUACGCGGGCGAAGUGCGCAUCGAGUUCACCUACUACGACUCGCGGCCCAAGUCGGAAAGCGCGCCACCGGAGAAGAAGAGGGAGUCGGCACGGCCAGAGGGAAAGGGUGCGGCGGUGGGAGGACCCCGAGAGAGCACGCCCAUCAAGCGCAGACCGUUGCCUAGCGACCCAACAGGCGCUUCGCCUUCGCCUUCCAGUACACCCGAGCACCGCGGGCUGAAAGGCAUCAGGGCUGGGCCACGCGAGUUGGGAUCGCCGCGACACCAACGGGAACCUGAGCAGUCGGCCACGCACCGGACACAGUCGGAUACGCCUACACGAAGGCCUGUACCAGAUACAUCGUCGCACAAUGGCACGCCGACCACAAACGGUCAUACACCACAACGACCCCAGAUGCCACAGGAAGUAUACAGCACGCCGCCUAACCCACGUACAUCGAACCCAAGGCUUCCCUUGACCAGGGCUGACGAGAGCUUCGACAUGUCCUAUGCAGCACCAAAGCCAUACGAGGUCAAAGCAACCGAUACGCUACCACAGCAUGUCAGAGAAACGGGACACUCUCGAACCAGGUCGUCUCAGGAAGACUUUCGCUCUUCGCGAGGGUCACAACAGCCACUCCGCGUGGAGCCACCGCAUUCCUACUCGGCGCCCUUGGUACCAACGCAGCACACGUAUGAGCCAGAGCCACAGCAACAGCCCCAACAAGACCUGUACAACUAUCCGAACAACAGUGUGGUCAGCGCCCGCUCGCCUGUAUAUGCGAACGAUCAGUAUCAAGAUCCUGCUUACCAGGUUGCGCCCCUGCGAACAAGCCGCAGUCGCGAACAAGACCAAUACACGAAUUAUGACCAUUAUAGCCAGCCUCGGUUGAUAGAAGCACCCGUGCAUCAUGAUGAAGGAUCGCAUCGAAGGCGGAGUGCCAUGCAGCCCAUGGUCGAGGACGAAGAUGGUGGCGAUCUUCCCCCACCACCGCCCAUGCAUAGGCCUGGCGCCAACACAUUACCAAAUCCUGUUCAGCAGCAACCCUCUCCAAGAUACCACGAAGAUGCUCCUGCGCCUCUGAGCUACCGACACAGGGAAGAGCAGUCGCAAAUUGAGUAUGAGCUACAGCCGCAGCCGUACCAGUCCAAUGGAUACAGCCAGCAGCAACAGCAUCAGCCGUCAGAGCGACGCUAUACUUAUCCUCGCAUGCCAGCACAGCCGGCGAGUCGGCCGGACUCACGCGAUGACAUGGCGCCGUCACCGUUGCGACAAGAGACGGCAGCACUGCCCAUGAGCUUGGUUCCAGGGCUGAGUGCACCAAGAAGAGAGAGCUUGGUACCGGCAUACGAACCUCCUCCAUCAUACGAGACACCACCGCGCCUUCGUCACUACUCUGAGCCAGCAGAGUACCGCGCCAUCACCCAAUACGAAGACGCGUCACACUCUCAGCAAUUGGUCCACCACCAAUCCUUUACGUCCGCCUACGACUAUCCUCACGACCCUCCCGAGCAACCACGUCAAAGAUCGCCUGUAUAUGAACCAGCCCCGCUUUUCAAGCCACGAGCGACAAGUCCUGGCAUCAGCCCUCGCCACUCACCAAACCCUCUCACAGAACAUAGCUCGCGUGGCCCCGUUCGUAGCAUGCCAACCCGCAAAUCUGUCUCUCCCCGCCCACCGCCCACAAACGACUAUCCUGAAGAACGCCGCUUGUCCAGUGUAGCCUUCAAUCCCGACUCCUUUGACGUGUACAAUCCGCGCGUCUCUCGCUCGCCCAUUCCCUCUCCCAUUCCCUCGGACGAUGAGCGGCCGGGAAGCCGCAUGGAGUACAAUGAAAAAGGACAAAUUGUCACGUUCAGCGGUCGCGUCGUCGACGCCUCUGAUCACCUUCCCAUUGACAAUUGGGCCCCGGAGCCAGUUCCAAAGGGUACGGUUAAAGAGAAGGCGCCAAGAUCAAGGGCGCAAUUGAAUGGAAGUCGCGACUUGGAAGCAGCGCGGCAACGAGAGGAGAGGUACCAAAAAGAACGGGAGGAAAGAGAGAGGCUUCGACAUGCGGCGAGCCAGAACUUUGACACCUCAAGCGCGCUCGUGACCUCGCGACACGACUUCAACGCCUCGGUCAACGCCGGCGCCCUCGUCCUUGCUGGAAGUCGACCAAGGGAUGACUACCACUCUGCCCCAACUUCUUCAACGCGCACCCGCAUCCCCACCCGCCCCCAGCCAAACAACUACGACUCCUCCCCCCACCAAUACCAACACCCCUACUCGACCUCUCCCCAACCAGACAGCCACAUUCUCCGCGAGCGCCAAAACCCUCCCCCACCCUCGUAUUCCUCGAGCCCUUCCUACCGUGGUGGGAGAGGCUACGCGGCGCCCCCUAUUUCAGCCAAAAUCCCGCCUCGGAUCUCACCCGUGGCGAGACGUUAG